AAUGAGCGCUCAACCACCACCACCACCAGCAUCCGCAAUACCCACUCCCGCGGAGGCAAAACCUGCUUCUAGCAUUGGGGUUGCGGCAACUGCUGUCAACUAUGUCACUACCGCAGGCACAUCAUCUGUGGCUGCGCAAACGACCGCUUCAACAAACUCAGUCCCGAAUUCGGUGGCGAAUGUCGUUACCAUACCCGUGCCGAUCGUUCAAAACGAAGAGAACUAUACGUAUGUGACGGUGAAGGGGUCGUUGCACGAUCGCUCAUGCACCGUUUUCGGACUCAACGAUGCAGAAGUCCAAGCGCUGUCAAAACGUUUCGAUACUGGUUUAAAACACACCUUGAAUGGUGUUAUGGUGGGGAUUCCACCGAUGAAUAUGGUGAAUACAUUAGCGCAAUUGAGCUACAAAGUAAUUUGUAGUUGUGGUGAGGCGGAGAUCAGUUGGACUAUGCAACGCGAAGUUUAAAUACGACUACGAGAAAGAUGAUACUUAAACUUCUAAAGUUGAAUACGUUUUGAAAUUUGCAAAUUUAAUUGUUAACUAAAAAGACAUUAACAUAAAUGCUAUGCUGAUAGAAAAAAAGCUAAAAAAUUAAGAAAAUUGUAAAAAUAUUAUUUUUCUU